GCCAUUCCAGCGAAAACCAAAUUCGCUUUUGCCAUUCCAGACCUUGCCCGUCCAUUUUGGGUAAAGCUUUUGUAUUCUCCCCAGCUAAUAGCAACGUUGGUUGUUACAAUAGCAACGGGGCUGGGCCAUUCCGUUUCUGUGCAACUUUCGAAUAUAGUAGAUUUGAGACGACCUCAGUUCACUGCACACGAGAAAGUUACUGUCUUAAUAGAACCCAUUGUGAAGAAGUCUUGGAUCCGCGGCCAAAAUGGAAGAAUCCAAAGAAGAAAUGAAGUCUUUCAAAGAAUUAGGAGUUUGUGAUCAAUUGAUUGAGGCUUGCGAUAAUUUGGGUUGGAAAACUCCUUCUAAGAUACAAGCUGAAGCUAUGCCUCAUGCCUUUGAAGGCAAAGACUUAAUUGGUCUGGCGCAAACGGGUUCUGGAAAGACUGGAGCUUUUGCAAUUCCUAUACUGCAAGCUCUAUUAGAUGCUCCACAUGCCUUUUUUGCCUGCGUUCUCUCUCCAACAAGAGAGCUUGCGAUUCAAAUUGCUGAACAGUUUGAAGCUUUAGGAUCCGGUAUUGGAGUAAAAUGUGCAGUGCUGGUUGGAGGGAUAGAUCAAGUACAGCAGAGCAUUGCCCUCGGGAAACGGCCUCACAUUGUUGUUGCAACACCUGGUCGCCUCUUGGAUCAUCUUUCCAAUACAAAAGGGUUUUCUCUUCGUACAAUAAAGUACUUGGUAUUAGAUGAGGCCGAUAGGUUGCUGAAUGAGGAUUUUGAAAAGGCCCUCGAUCAGAUUUUGAAUGCUAUUCCUCGUGAACGAAGGACUUAUCUGUUUUCUGCUACAAUGACCAAAAAGGUGAAGAAACUUCAGAGGGCUUGUUUGAGAAAUCCUGUUAAGAUUGAAGCUGCAUCUAAAUAUUCCACAGUUGAUACACUGAAGCAGCAGUUCCGUUUUAUUCCUGCUAAGUAUAAGGAUUGCUAUCUUAUCUAUAUUCUGACUGAGAUGUCUGGCAGUACUUCAAUGGUUUUCACUCGUACAUGUGAUGCAACUCGUCUUCUUGCCUUGAUGCUUCGAAAUCUUGGCUUGAGAGCCAUACCAAUUAGUGGUCAGAUGACUCAGUCAAAAAGGCUUGGAGCUCUAAACAAAUUUAAGGCCGGAGAGUGCAAUAUCCUGAUCUGUACUGAUGUGGCCAGUCGAGGACUUGACAUCCCAUCUGUUGAUAUGGUUAUCAACUAUGAUAUUCCGACAAACUCAAAGGAUUAUAUACAUAGAGUGGGAAGAACUGCACGAGCAGGACGUUCUGGGGUUGCCAUAUCAUUAGUGAAUCAGUAUGAGUUGGAGUGGUAUAUACAGAUAGAAAAGCUUAUUGGGAAGAAAUUACCUGAGUAUCCUGCAGAGGAAGAGGAGGUUUUGCUACUCUUGGAGCGCGUAUCAGAAGCCAAGAGGAUCUCACUGAUGAAAAUCAAAGAAACUGGUGGAAAAAGGAAACACAGAGGUGGUGGAGAUGAUGGAGACGAGGAGGUUGAAAGAUACUUGGGAGCUAAGAAUGGGAAGGGAAAGCUAUCAAAGAAGCCAAAGAGAAAAUGAGGGAAUCAAUGUGUAAUUAAUUUAGCAAUGUUAAUCCAAUUUUGACUUCGUUAUCUCUUUCAUUAUAUUAUUCUUCUCUGUCGCUGUAAUUCGUCGUUUCUACGAUCUUUCUAACAUGAUUUAUGUUAUUCAACUUAAUGAAGUGUUUUUUGAGUAGGCAA